AUUUCUUUAUUAUCAACAGCCUUCAGGUCUUGUCUAUGGGUGGCAAUUUGAUAACCGAGGUGCCUGAGGCAGUGGGUGUUUUAAGCCAGUUGCAGGCCUUGGUUUUAUGUGAUAAUCUUAUUGAAAAUCUACCCACUAGCAUAGCACGCUUGAAAAAUCUCAAAUCUUUGCUGCUGCACAAAAAUCGCUUGAAACAUUUGCCCAAAGAUAUAGUGGCCCUGAAAAAUUUGGCAGAGCUAAGUCUACGCGAUAAUCCUUUGGUUGUGCGUUUCGUUCAGGAUAUGGCUCUCAAUCCUCCUACACUUAUGGAACUGGCUGCACGCAUUGUUAAGUCGUCGGGCAUUGAAGUGGGUCCCGGUGAUGUGCCCCAGACCACUUUGGAAUAUUUAAGUUGUGCCAAUUGUUGUGUUAAUCCCAACUGCAAAGGUGUUUUCUUCGAUAAUCGUGUAGAACAUAUUAAGUUUGUAGAUUUUUGUGGCAAAUAUCGGGUACCUUUGUUGCAAUAUCUAUGUUCUUCGAAGUGUAUAGAACAUGAGGAACCGCCUAGACCUCACUCCAGCAAUAAUGCCAGUGGUUAUAUGAUGCGUAAGGUGUUAUUGGGUUGAAAGAGUUUGGUCUUUUUAUAACUUUUAUAAUUUUUUUAUACUUUUUUUAUAAAACUAUUAAUAAAUUUAAAGAAAACUGGUGCAAAAGUUUGAAA